CCACCUCUGAAAUUUCAGAGAGGAAGAAGAGGAAGCAAAUUAUGGGACACAGAGUUUAGCUGCUGCACUGAAGAGAGUGAAAGAGAGCUUUUUUUUUUCCCUGGAGGAAACUUUGACUUUGUGCUCUGGAAAUACAUGCAAUCCGGCGUGCCUUGUGUAAAGGCUCAACCAAGACCUAUCUAAGCAUUUUAAUGAGUGUAAGCCCCCAGGAGGAAUAGUCGGAACACACAGUAACCAGUAACAAAGUCAGCCCCGUGGGAAACAAAGCGCUCCGGUUACUCACAGUCACAGACAUGCAGUCAUUCACCUGGGUCGGUGCUCUUUUUCUCCUGAUCUACGUCUCCUCUGGUGGUGCAGAAGCCCAUAGGCACUACCGACAAGUCCUUACUGGAAGCCAACCAGGUGUGUGUCGCUAUGGCAGGAGACUGGAGUGUUGCUAUGGCUGGAAGAAAAACAGUAAAGGGCAGUGUGAAGCUCAAUGUGAGCAAGGCUGCAAGCAUGGAGAGUGUGUUGGCCCCAACAAAUGCAAGUGUUUCCCAGGAUACACCGGAAAGACAUGUAAUCAAGAUUUGAAUGAGUGUGGAUUGAAACCUCGUCCCUGUGAGCAUCGCUGCAUGAACACUUACGGCAGUUAUAAGUGCUACUGUCUCAAUGGAUACACCUUAAUGCCCGAUGGAUCAUGUGCCAAUUCCAGGACGUGCUCUCUUGCUCACUGUCAGUAUGGUUGUGAGGAAGUUCAGGGGGAGAUUCGCUGCCUCUGCCCAUCUUCAGGGCUGCAACUGGGGCAAGACGAGAGGACGUGUGUAGAUAUUGAUGAAUGUGUUACUGGGAAGAACCUCUGCCCAUACAACAGACAAUGUGUGAACACCUUUGGCAGCUACUUCUGCAAGUGCCAGGAUGGCUACGAUCUGAAAUACGUUGACGUCAAAUAUGACUGUGUAGACCUUGAUGAGUGUGCAGCCGGCACCCACAAGUGCAGCCACCAUGCUGUCUGUCUGAACACUCAAGGAUCCUACAAGUGCAGGUGCAAGUCUGGCUUCAGAGGCAAUGGCUUUGAAUGCUCUGUCAAGCCGUUUUAUCAGAGGUCGUGGGAUGGAGACAAAGGCAGUGCAGAUGAGUUCCUCAAUGCCAUCCCAGACUCCCAAGUGAGGCCUGGCAUUCUGGGAAGUAAGCUGGAAAACGAGGACAUCAAAAACAUUAUCCCUGAACCAGUCGCAACGCCACCCCCUAGGAUCCGCCAGCAGCCUUUUGACUAUGAUGGAGAAGUCUACAUUGGCGCCCAGACAGAGCAGAGACCAGUGGAUGAAUUUCCAGAGGAAGAGGAGGGGGAGGAGGAGGAGGAGGAGGAGGAGGAGGAGGAGGAAGAGGAAGACAACCAGCUCAAUCCAAGAGGAGAUGUUUUCAUAUCAGAGGACUUCGAAUCAGUAUUUGGCCCAGCCACAGAAGUCAAAGAAAUCCCAAUAGCACCAGUUCAGGAGGAGUUUAUCAUGGAUUGCAACUUUGACCAGGGAGCAUGUGAGUGGGUCCAAGACAAGGCUGAUGACAUGGACUGGAGUGUAGCCUACCAUGAUACUGGUGCUGAGUACUACAUGGCUAUGAGUGGGCUUCUAGGGGAGCAGGGGGACGUGGCCAAGCUGAAGUUGCUUCUCAAUGACCGGGUCCAGCAGGGCAGCUUCUGCCUCACCUUUGACUACCAUGUGGUGGGACAUAAUGUGGGUGCUCUCAGGGUGCUGCUGGAUAACAAUGCUUACCCAGUGUGGGAGCAGAAUCAAAGCAGAGACCAAGGCUGGCAGACGGAGCUCCUCGCUGUGGCCUGGAAAGAGAAAGCCCCAGAAUCUAUUAUCUUUGAAGCUCAGCGUGCGACAGGUGUUGGAGGAGAGAUAGGGCUGGACAAUGUGGUGCUGACCUCAGGGCCCUGUCAAGACGAUGUCAGUCCAGUCUAUUAGGGAUCUCCACCUAGGAUCAACACUUUGAAAACCUCCUCUAAAUGACACAUGUCAGAGAUUCCUGUUUCCUGUCGGUAUUAUGGUCUCCUAAUUGUGGAGUUUCUCAGUGUUCUUUAAUGGCAUAGCCUCAGGACAUUCACACAAAGAGACACAUGGCCUCAAUGGGAGAUUAAGUGCUACCAGUGCAUGCAUGUUUACUUUAUCACCAUGCUGCUACACCAAUACAUCCUGCUAUCGUCUCUACCAUGAUUUUCAAAAUAGUCUCUUACAAUACAGAUAACUCAGAUCUCAGGAAUAGGUGGAAAUGCUAACUGUGUCUGUUAGUUAUGUUUAACAGUAUUGUACUUAGUCCUGUUGUGUAUGUGAUAGUGCAUUGCUGAAGUUAACUGAAAAUAAUCUAUGACAUGUAAUGUGAAUUCUUAGGUGAACUGUUGCUGAAAUUCAAUCUUAGACGAGUAACUUUUUUGAAGGCUGGUUAGUUUUAAUGAUAAAAAGUAUCAGUGCAUAACUGUUGUAAAUUUUGCUUUCAUAUUAUAAUGUACUAUUACAUUAAAACUGUUUUU